AGACGAUCUUUGCAAGGAACGUGAAGGGUUCUGCGUAGUGCGCACGCGCUUCCCUCUCGGAUUAAUGUCAAGGCACAAAAGUGGCGCUACAGCGUUUCGAGCUCUCCUCCGGUGGUUGCCUUAGCAAUGGAUGGGGAGUCAGAGCCAAGCCCUGUUGUGGCAGAGGACGCGGAGGAGAAGGCGGAGCUCCUCGACGCCACUCCUUCCUCCCAGCCGCCAUCCCCACCUCCUGCCGAGGAGUCUGGGGAGCCGGUGUCCAUGGAAACGGGAGACGAAGCCACAAAGGAGGGUGGCGUAGAGGACAAUGACGAUGAUGAUGUUGUUCUCGUAGAGGAGGAGGCUUCCCAGCCGCUUCCUGCUGCUGCUGCUGCUGCAACCUCUUCUCCAGACGGACCCGACGCGGAGAGUGCCGAGCAUGCGGGCGCUGCACAAGAGGACGCAGCAGAAACGCCUUCCAAGAGCCCCGACUGUCCUCCGUCUUCCAACGCAUCCAUGGCGGCGACGAUGACGGCAGUGGCCCAGAAGCCUCGGACCGCAGCCCCAGAGCCUAUCGUCAUCGAUGACGAAGAGGACUGUGAACAGAAAGAAAACUCUUCCCCCUCACCUGCGCUCCCCGGGGAGUCCUCUGCCUCCCACUCGCCUGCCGUGCUCAGCAGCAAUGACCCAGACUCGGGGAUCAGGAUCUCCAGCGUCACCACUCUGGGCUCCAGCAACCAGAGGGGCUCGGCGGCCAACACGCCGCCACAUCCAGACGAUGCCCAGGGCGACAUCAACCUGAUGAUCACCUCGGUGACGUCCCUCCAAGGCGGAGCGGCGGCUGUCGGAGAGGCGGAUGAAAACGAGACAGAGGAGAACGGUCUGCAGAUCAGCAGUGCCUUCAGUCUGAAUCCUGACACCCCAUCUGCUCGACCAACCGCCUCCUUUAACCCCGGCCGAGGCUCCGCCAGCCAGCUGGUUCAGAACGGAGACACGGGGACGCACAAAGGAGCAGACUUGUGGAUCUCUCAGUCGGCUUCGGUUCCCCGGAACCAGAAGCAAAGUGGGGUGGACUCUCCGUCGCCUGCCACCUCGCUGCCAAAGCCUGCAGGCCAGUCUUCCUCCUCCUCCUCCUCAGGCUCCCAGACACAACCCAGGACAGUCAAGGUGACCUGCGCCAACUGCAAAAAGCCUCUGAAGAAAGGCCAGACAGCCUACCAGCGAAAAGGCUCCUCUCACUUGUUCUGCUCCACCACUUGCCUCUCUGCCUUCUCACACAAACCUGCACCCAAGAAGACCUGCACCAUGUGCAAAAAGGACAUCACACACAUUAAGGGCACCAUCGUGGCCCAGGUGGACUCUAGCGAGUCUUUUCAGGAGUUCUGUACGACCGGCUGCUUGGGCGCGUACGAGAACAAGAACAACCCGCCUAAAACAGGCCUGAAAAACAAAUGCACCGUCUGUGGGAAACUCACCGAGAUUCGGCAUGAGGUUAGCUUUAAGAACGUGACCCACAAGAUCUGCAGCGACACAUGUUUCAAUGUUUACCGCAAAGCCAACGGGCUGAUCAUGAACUGCUGCGAGCAGUGUGGCGACUAUCUGCCCAGCCGGGCGUCGGCCAACCACUUCCUGCUGGUCGACGGCCAGCAGAAACGCUUCUGCUGCCAGAACUGCAUCAGGGAUUACAAACAGGUAGCACCCGCCGCCCUGCUGUCCCCACUUUUUUUUUUUUUUUUUUUUUUGGGGACCAUAAUGCUUUCACUUGCAUCUUGUUUUGACAUGAUGUUUUUUUUUCCCACCCAGGCCCACAGUAAACUCGCCAGCUGCAUGACUUGCAAAACACUAAUCAAGACGGGGGAGGUGCUCCAAAGCCUCGACGCAGGCUGUGCCAUGAGCUCCUACUGCUCCGUCAGCUGCAUGAACAAGGGAAAGCUGACGUCAUUCAUCAACAAGGAACCUACGUGUCAUUUCUGUAAAAGAAGCUCAUUGCCGCAGUACCAGGCCACGCUGCCAGAGGGCGACAUCCUCAACUUCUGCAGCUCCCAAUGUGUUACCAAGUUUCAGAACGCUUCCCUUCCGACAGCCACCAAUGGUCAGAUGCCCCUCAGCAACAGCUCUGUCCAGCUGAAAUGUAACUACUGCCGAGGCGCGUUCAGCCUGAAGCCCGAAAUUCUGGAGUGGCAGGAUAAGGUCUAUCAGUUCUGCAGUAAGACAUGCUGUGAGGACUACAAGAAGCUCCACUGCAUCGUGACGUGUUGCGAGUACUGCCAAGAAGAGAAGACCCUUCAUGAGAUGGUCAAGUUCUCUGGCGUCAAGAGGCCCUUCUGCAGCGAAGGCUGCAAGCUGCUGUUUAAACAGGAUUUCAUCAACCGGCUGGGGCUGAAGUGUGUGAGCUGCAACCACUGCAGCCAGCUGUGCAAAAGAGGCAUCACCCGGCAGCUCGGCAACAUGACCCGGGACUUCUGCAGCGAGGCCUGUGCCAAAAACUUCAACGACUGGUAUUACAAGGCGGCGAGGUGCGACUGCUGUAAGGUUCAGGGAAACCUGACGGAGUCAGUGAUGUGGCGGUCGGAGAUGAAGCAUUUCUGCGACCAGGAGUGUCUGCUGAGGUUCUACUGCCAGCAGAACGACCCCAUCAUGGUCACCCAGAAGGGACCAGAGAACACCAUGCUGGGUAUAGACAUGCACGCCGCAAAGGCUGGGCUGGUGAACCAGAGUGCUGUGGCGUACUCCACUGGAGGAGUGAUCAGAGAUGUGAAGAAUAAGGCGGUGCUGUGCAAACCGCUCACCCUGACCAAAGCCACCUACUGCAAACCACACAUGCAGAGCAAGCAUCUACAAACGGAUGUAGAUGACGGUGUGAAGAGGGAGUAUAUUCCCGUACCCAUCCCUGUACCCGUCUUCAUCCCAAUGCCUAUGAACAUGUACGCCCAGGUCACCCCCACUCCAGUGUCUAUGCCUCUACCGGUUCCUGUGCCUGUGUUUCUGCCCACCACGCUGCAGGGGGCAGAACAGAUUAUUCACACCAUGAAAGAUCUGAAAAGCGAGGCGCCCUCUAAUACCGCAGAGGCGGCUAUUGUCAUCGACGACGAGGAGAAACCAGAUGUGAAGCCGUUGGCGGUGAAGAGAGAGAGUGUUAAGGAGGAAUCCUCCAGCUGUGGCACCAAAAAAGAGGAGAUGGUGAAGGAGGAGGAGGAGGAAAAGUAUGAGCCCGACCUGGACUUAGAGGCAGACUACCCUCAAGCGUCGGAUCCUGUCCCGGUGCUGGAGGGAAUGGACGAGGACAUGAGCUUUUCUCUGCCUCCCAUCCUGGCCGAGGAGAAAGAGGAGCUGCAGGAAUCUGCGCCUCGACCUCGGUCCAGAAGACUGGGCAGUAAAAGGCAGGCCAUGGAGGAUCUGCCUUCGUCCUCUCCGUCGCGUCCAAGCAGCAACUUGGAAGGAAGAUCGCUGCCCCUCAAGUCUCGCUACGGCAUCAACGCCUGGAAACGCUGGGCGCUGUCCCUCUCUGACCAAUCAGAAGACACCAAAGAAAAGGAUAUUUCCAAACCAACUCGGUCGAAAAGCAACCUGUUGUCGUUGAACGGAGAGGAGCUGAACGCCGCUCUGUCCCGGUUCGUCAGAGAGGUGUGCCGGCCAAACGGGGAGCGCUACUCUCCAGACAGCAUCCUCUACCUCUGUCUGGGGAUUCAGCAGCAUCUUCACGCCAAAGGCCGGAAGGAUGAUCUGUUCAGCGACCCGUGUUACCAGCAGUUUGGAGAGGAGCUCAACAAGGUGCUCAAAGACUGGCAGCCCAGUGUGCUUCCUGAUGGCUCGCUGUGGGGCCGGGUGGAGGAGCAGAGCCUGUGGAGCGGCCGGCACCUCGGGGAGCAGAGUCCGGCCUCCCUGCUCCGCUCGCUGGUCUACCUGAACACCAAAUACUUUGGUCUGCGCACCGUGGAGCAGCACCUGCGCCUCUCCUUCGCUAACGUUUACGGGCCCGAUACCAUCCAUCCUGUCACCAAGGAGCACAGCGUCUGCAUCCGCGUGCCCUCCAUCCCUCAGGAUCACCACGGUGAAGCACAGGCAGAAUCUAGGAAGAGGAAGCGCAAGCAGGCCGAGGUCAAACGGGGUGAAAACGAGGCGGUCCACCCGUCUGUCCGCUGCCCAGUGAAGAAGCACGAGUGUCGUCUCUACGAGCUCUACAGAUCCAAGUGUCCGCCGUUGCUAUGGGAGCGCCUCGACGUCUUCUACGCCCAGCCGGACCCCGCCCGCGGCCCCGGCGACCCCGUCUGGUUCAGCUCCACUCCGCUGGAGCGUCAGAUCCUCGAAAGCCUCCUGACCCGAGUCCUCCUGGCCAGAGACAUUUACACAGACAAGCCACUCCGGGAGGAAGAGGAAGACGAGGAGGAGCGCUGCGAAGGACCCGGGGGAGAGUAGCGCCCGCUUUCGGACUCCCACUCAGAAACCCGACGAGAGCGUUCGGGGUAAUCUAGUCGUACGUCGUCCCCUUCACCCGUCUCUUAUCCUCGUCUCUUCACCGACUCUAGUGACUUACUGUUUCCUCCUGGUGAGGGACGCCCACAGCGAGCAGAGGAAGCUCACAGUGGCCCAGGCUUCUGCCUCAAACAGAAAGUCGGAGGACAAAGCCUUUGAUUUGUUUUGGGUUUUUUUUUUUAUUUUAUUUUGUUUUUGUUUUAGAAGCUGGAGAAAAACGACGGCCACGUAGGUGAAACGAGACGAGUAAACGUAGAGAGCCGAAGCUUGUCCUUACCAUCAAACACCCCCCCCCCCAAAACAAGAAAAAGGUUAAAAAUGUACGUUUAACCUUGUGUGGAUGUGAAGGGAUAUCAGGAUAUUGUUUCCAAAACAUGCAAAUUUUAGUUCUCAGGCCAGCAGCUCAGACAUAUAGGAAUAUCUCAGUCAGCCCCUCCUCAGGCCGCCACUCAAAGAAACCAGGAAGUCCCUCAUCACAUUCAUGAUUCAUGUCCUUCUCACUCUCACUGGACAGAGGAAGUGAAGCAAAACCUACUGCAGCCGAACCCCCCGGGGAAACGAGAUCCUUUGUUUAAAUGUCAUUCUCUCACUUCAGCAGGUUACGAGUCUGGAAGACUUUUAAAGACGUCAAGCUUCAGUUUAGUUACAAAGUUCGCAUUGCAUAUUUUGAGUUUUAAUUUUCUCGAUUCUGAAACAAAUUUUUUUUGAAUUUCGGUUCCUCCCCGAUAACGCUGUGAGGGGAGUGGGUCGGCGUUCUCCAAACGGUUUUAUACAAAGGAGAACAUCAAACAUUAAUUAAAAUAUUUCACAUUCUGAGGGUUUUUUUUUUUUUAUUAUUCUAUUUUUUAUUUUUAAAUUUUCAUCCCACUUGGUUUACUGUUAAUGCAUUCAUGCUAGAACUCCACUUGAGAGAAUAACAUCCUGUUGGUUCACCAACACAGACAGCAUGUGACUUGUUCUGGUUCUGUGCUGCAUCCAGUGUUCACGUGGCUUUAUGCAUAUUAGAGAUGCACUGAUCAGAUAUUUUGUGGCCAGUUCCUGAUGUCCAAUUUUGGAAAGUUCUAACCUAACACCAGUUUUAGUUAUUUCUUUAAAAUCUAUUAUUAAAAACAAAUGUAUAUCUUUUUUCCUUUCUACUUCUUGACACCAUAUUUAUAGUAAAAUAAAAUUAUGUCUAAGAACGAAAUCGGGCCAAAGUUCCACAGCUUGCACUCUUCAUCACUGAAAAUCUACAUUUAAGGUUUUUUGCUCUGACGCAGCUAUAAACUAAAAACCCAAUUGAAAAGACUGACAAAGAUUAAUCAAAUUUAUUUAUUUUAUUUUAUUUAUUUUUUUUCAAUUUUGAACAUCUAAUACGCACCAUCUUGAAAGACAUAAAUUUUUUAAAAUAUUACAGUGCAUUCAAAAUAAUUUAAUUUUCCGUUUUAAUAUCAGAGAAAAGACUGGUACGUUUUCAUUAGUUCUCUCAUUUAUAGUUCAAGUGAGCAAUUAUUUAUACGAGGAGCAGAGGUAACGUCACACCGUGUGAGGGAGAGAGCAGUCGAUGUUACACAGCUCUGCAGUCAAAAGCAUUCCACUAUUUGAAAACAAAUAUUAGUUUACAUUUUAAACCUACUUUACUUUAGGGGCACAUCAUUUCCUGCUUGAGCUGAUACAAUCCUCUUUAAAAGGAAAAACUGCAACUUUUCUACAAUACCUUUAGCUUCCUGUUAGCAUUGCUAAAAAGAAAGAAAAAAAAAAAGUGAACACCUGGAAUGUUUUCUAGAACCUUCAAACAUCCUUUGCGCUUCCUCUAACUACUUUUCCUUUUAAGUAAAGCCAUACUACGUCAUUCGGUAACAACUUCCACACAGAAGAGCUGCUUGGUUUUUCUGUGGUGUGUUUACUGACUGGGAAAAGAACGGAUUUUUAGCUCCCAGCUGGUUUGGAGUCGACAAAUGAGUGAAAUCGGCCUGUUAUUCCAGCAACCAGACAAUUUCUUGGUGCAUCUCUAAUAUUCUCCACUGUUUGUGAUUCUCUUAAAAGUCCUCUUUAAACAAGCGAAUCCUCAGAUUUUGGCCUGUAGACGGGAACUGGUUUCAUUAGCAACAUCAUAAGAGGAAUCCAGACGUGUACAUUGCAGUAGAUGGUCAAAAUCGACACCACCAGAAACUCAGAGAUGCAGAAUUUCAAUGUCGGCCAGAUUAUUUAGAUUAAAUAAGCCUCCAUUUAUCUUUAUUUCAGAAUGUCCAGUUGGCUAAAGUUGUCUGUGAAAAGCGAAGGGAGGAAAAAGAACAUUUGCUCAAACUAGCAUCGUUAGCACAAGGCCGACUGAACGGCGUUUUCUGUAGCGAUCGACUUACGUUGACGCUUGUACAAGGAGCAACUUUGACACAUUCUUGAGAAAUGUGUUUAGGAAUCAGAGUUUAUUUUUUGGGGGGUUUCCAGGUAAAAAGAAAGAAACCAAGUCGUCAGGAUGACUCUGAGGUCACGAGGGCUUGAAAAUCAACAAUGUGAUGUUUCAUCAUCUGUUGUUUCACUUCAGGUUUCUGUACACUCUUUAUGAAGUCAUCUUGUUUUUUUUCUUUUAAACCUGUAUAACGUCUGCAUUGACUAGGCUGCCUUACCUUCCAACAUGCUGUGUCUCUAUUGGUUCACCCUCCCUCGUGUGAUGUAGCAUUACCAGAGUACCGAACCCAGACUGUGUGUCAUAAAUGCGUCCGAUUCAGGUUGGUUAUCUCACACAUCGUCAACGCAGGAAAAACAACUGCAGCUUGCAAACCUGCAGGAUUAAAACUGUCUCUAAAACUUAUUUAUUCCUUUUUUUUUUUUUUUUUUUUUUUUGUUAAUAUGUUGGGAUUUUGCGGCUGCCCUUUUCUUUUUCACUUUGUUUCCACUCAUUGGUUGCUGUCUGUCUGUCCUGCGGUGGUGAAGGAUCCCGUAAAGCAUGAAGGAUGAUAGUUUGAAUUCGGAGCACUUCUUUUCAAGUCUCCCAUUUUCCUGACACUUUUUUUUUUUUAGGUGUCUAUUACUGCAAAGUAAAAACUUUUGUUGUAGCAAAUUAUUAAUUGAAAAUUUUUUUUCGAAACAGUUGAAUUAGACUUUUUUUUUUUCCUACUUGUCUCAAAGUUGGGUUUUUUGUGUGGAGCUAAAACUCUCAGACUUCAGGCUGUUUCUCCUGUUCUGUCAAACUUGCCUCGUGUGCGUCCGUUCCCUGAAGAACAGGUUGUGUUUAGAGGUCUGGGUCUGCAGUGAACACACACUAUGGUGGUGUAUUCCACAGGGAGAAUCUUGGUCCGGUGGCUCCAUGCAGCUUAAAAAUCCAAACAUUAAAAUUUUCAGAGGAAACCAGUUAACCAGACUGAUUUAUUAUUUGUUUAGGUUUUUUUUUUGUUUUGUUUUUUCCUUGCUGGACUGAGAGGCAACAACCAAACCUGCCACUGGUUUGGCCCUACAGUACACGCUGUGGCUGGCUUUAACGCCUAAUGUGAAUGUGCCUAUCUGUAUAUAGUGAAAGUGAGUGAUUGUGACCUGAAUCCGAUGCUAUGUGUAUGGGCUGUUCUGCCAAUACGGUUAUGUUUAAUAAAUGAUUUCCUUUUUUCUAA